AUGUCGAAAGCUGCUGCACCUGCAAUUGAGCCCAUUGGAGUGGCAAAUUUGCCAAAUCAAAGGUAUAAGAUUGUAUCCCAAAAGGGUGCCACUUUCACAAUACUUUUGGCUGGUGAAUCAGGUCUAGGCAAAACAACAUUCAUCAACACGCUUUUUCAGACGCUAUUAGUUCCACACGAAGACAACAGAAACAGGCACAACAAACCUAUUAAAAAAACUGUUGAAAUCAGUAUUGUGCGGGCCGAAUUGGAGGAGAAGAACUUCAAAAUUAGAUUGAACGUGGUAGACACACCUGGUUUUGGAGACAACGUAAACAAUAAGAAUGCAUGGCAACCAAUUGUUGAAUUCAUAGAUCAGCAGCAUGAAUCUUACAUGAAACAGGAAUCUCAGCCAAGUAGGAAUGAGAUUAAGGACUUAAGAGUUCAUGCUUGUCUAUACUUUAUAAGACCGACGGGCCAUACCCUUAAGCCGUUAGAUAUAGAAGCCAUGAAGAGGAUUGGGGAAAGAGCAAAUCUUAUUCCUGUCAUUGCAAAGGCUGAUACUUUGACUCCAAAUGAAAUGCUUGAAUUCAAGAAGCGUAUAAGAGCAAUCAUUGAAGCGCAGAAUAUCCGCAUUUAUUCUCCACCAAUCGAAGCGGAUGAUCAGGCAGCUGCUGAGCACGCAAAACAGUUGAUUGAAUCGAUGCCAUUUGCUGUGAUUGGUGCGGAAGAAGAAUUUGAGAUUGGUGGUAAGAUGAUAAAGGGUAGAAGAUACCCGUGGGGUUUCGUUGAAGUGGAGAAUGAUCAACAUUGUGAUUUCAGAAAGCUCAGAAGUUUGCUUCUCAGAACCAACAUGCUUGAUUUAAUUCUUUCUACUCAGGAAUUCCACUAUGAGAAUUACAGAGGACACAAGAUCAAGGGUGAAGCAGACGGUGACUCCAAAUCAAUCAAGGAAAGUAAUUCCGAUAACAAGUUGUCGGAGAAUCCUGAAUUCCUUGAGGAAGAGAGAAAAUUGAAGAGAUACUUCGCCGAACAGCUAAGAAAUGAAGACCAAAGAUUUAAGCAAUGGAAGCAAAAUAUCCAUACGGAAAAGAAUAGGCUUAAUCAUGACCUUGCAAAUUUGCAAAGCGAUAUGAAGAAUCUUGAGAACGAGGUUAAAACCCUUCAAAGAGUUAAGGGCUACAGUUAG